AUGGGCGCCGAGCGGGAGGCGCAGGCCUGCGCCGCCUUCUACGGGCCGCGCGCGCCCUGCGCCGCAGCGCUGGCCUGCGUGCGGAGCCUGCGGCGCUUCGCGGGGAGCGCGGCCAAGAGGGGCCGCGAGGAGAGCCUGGAGGAGGCUCUGCGGCACUCGCGGGCGGCCCGCGAGGCGCUGUGGGCGCUGGGUGAGGCGGCCGCGCGGCCCCUGCUCCGCUGCGUCCUGGCUUUCCAGGCGGAGGCCGCCGGCAGCUCCGGCUGCUUCCAGAAGCUCGAGCAGGUGGUGACCACGCUGGCGGCGGGGCGCGAGGCGCUGCUGGCCCGGGAGGUCGCCGAGCUGCUGGAUGGCCUCGUGGGACACGAGGUGCUGUCCGCAGAAGACCUGCAGUCAGUGUGCAUGUUCAUGGAGGAGAGCAGCCUGGGACGGCUCCACUGGCGGCAGAACCUGGCCCCACUGCUGCAGCGCCUGGCUGUGACCUUGGCCUGGGUGCUGCGGAGCCCCCCAGCCAGCGCUGGACCCUGGGGCUACGCGGCUGUCAAGGCCUGUCUCCAGCUCUUCCAGGUGCUUCCCAAGGAUGUGGCCCCCCUGGUGUGGAACGAGGAGGAGAGGAGCGAGGCGCUGCAGGGCGUUUUGGGACUGCUGCUGCAGGUCGUCAUGGGCAAGGUCCCGAACAAGGACACGCGGCUGCUGGCGGGCACCGUGCUGAGCAUGCUGGUGAACACGGCGCCGCAGGCCACGAGCGGGGCCCGCGCCGCGCGCGCGCUCCUCCAGCUCGCCCAUGAAGGCAUGGGAGAGCUGAGGUUUGGGGAGCUGGUGGUAGAGGCCACGUCUGUUCCAGAGCCAGAUGGGCUGGAGAGGCUGGUGCUGGCCCGAGGUUUGCUCACCUGCUGCAGGACAGACAUCCUCAGCUGCCAGCUGGAGGGCUUCACCCACCAGGCUUGCUUGCUGCUGGAUGUGCUCUUUCCUGCUGUGUGUGCCCUCAGCAAAGAGCAGAGGGACUGCCACUACUACUGCUUCCAAGUUUUCUCCCUCUGGCUACAACGCAUCCAGGAAAGCCUGCCCAGGCUUUGGUGCUUGAAGGAGACCCGCAUCCUGGCUGAGGACUCUGAUCUCUUCAACCAGCUCAUGCAGCUGCUGUGGAACAACGCUGAGACCCCAGUGGAAGGGGUGUCUGAGUUUAUCCACAGCUCCUUUCGGCUGCUCCUGGAAAUCUACUGUUUCGAGUGCAGGCACUUUGAGGACCAGGAGCGGCCCCUCUACAGGCAGAUGCUGAAGAGGGUCAUCUCAAUGCCGUGGCAAGUCAAAGGCAGAUACGUACCUCUGUGCGCCAUCAUCCCCUACGUGGGCAGUGAGCAGGUCCUGGACGCCUACGGGGACCUGCCGCAGCACCUCCUGAGCUGCCUCGCCACCAACCACCUGUGCCCAGCCGCCAGCGAGGUCUACAAGGCCAUGGUGCAGCAGCAGCGUGCCGAGGGGCUGCUCGCCGAGCAGCGCGCCGAGGAGGCUCUGGCCGAGCGCUGGGCGCUGCGCUGGCUGCCGCUGCUGUCGCGGGCGCUCCGCUCGCCGGUGCCCAUCCUGCAGAGCAACGCUGCCAACCACCUCCUGCCCUGGACGCUGCGCCUCCUCCCGGCCGCCUACGCGGCCCUGGCCACGGAGUUCGGCGGGCAGGACGAGGCCGCGCUGCGCGCAUGGGUGGCGCUGCUCAGGGCACAGAAGAGCCUCGCGGGGACGCUGGCGGUGGAGGGCGAGCAACGGGAGCGGCUGCGGCGCUGCCUGCACGCCGGCGAGGAGGGCGUGCGGCUCGCRGCGCUCGGGCUCCUCUGCUGCAGCCCCAGCACCAGCCGCGCACUGGCGGGCGCCGAGGUCCGGCUGCUGCGCGAGUUCCUGCCCCUCAACCUCAACAGCGACUCCUCAGCCUUCCGGCAGCUGCUGCAGGCGGCGCUGAGGAAGGCGCUCGUGCGGAUGCGGGACAGCUCGCUGGCCCGCCUGCGAGGGAGGACACCCAAGGGCACCAGGACGGGCGACGGAGCUGAGACGGAUGACGGAGAGGGGCAGCUCACCCAGGCAGUCGACUUCGUGGAGUGGCUGCUGCAGCUCAGCAUUUCCUCGCUCUCCCCGGGCUCCAAUUACCAGAGGAAGAAGACAGGCCUGCUCCUCCUGUCAGCGGUUUUGGAGACCUGCACAGACACCUGGAGGCCCGAGCGGAAGAAGGGGCAGCCUCCACAGACCAUGGCCGCRCUGCUGAGCUACGCCAGGCACCAGGGCUGCUGGGACUUCUUCUCGCAGCCCAACCUGCUGGCGCUGCUGAGCUGCCUGCAGGACAGCACCAGCGAGAUCAGAGAUUUGGCUUCAGAGCUGCUCAUCCGCUACUUUCCAUCACCUUUCCCUGAGCCUGUGGCCCAGGCUCUGUUCCAGCUGGCCCAGRAAGCCCUGAGCAGCCCCCGGGUUCAGGAGGCUGAAGCUGGAGCUCUGCUGAUGAAGACGAUUCUGCAGAAGUCAGACAGCAGCCUCAUCAGGAGCCUGUCCCUGGAGGCUGGAGCAGCCCUGGCAGCGCAGCCCCCGGGGCUGUGCUUUGCUCGGCACCUUCUGCAUGAGCUGCAGGCCCAGCUGGCCGCGGCGCGCCAGGACUUGCUGCAGGCAGCAGCCACCAAGCCAAUGCAUGGAGCGAUCGCAGCCCUGCGCAGGUGCCUGCUGCAGGUGCCCGAGGUGGCCGUCUCCAUGCGGGCGGCAGAGUGGGUGCAGAGCUGGCAAAAGCUCCUCACCAGCCUGGUGGCCACAGCAAGAGACAUCACCUCCUUCCUCYUGGGUGCCCUGCAGAGUGGGCAGGGCCCCAGCGCUGACCAGCAAGCCAYUGCCCCGUCGUUCGCAGACAUGGGGAACGCCAUCGGCUCCCUCAUCAUGCUGGGGAAGGGCCAGAGGCAGCAGGAGGACGACUCGAUCCUGCUGUCGGAGGAGCACAACCUGAUCCUGACCUGUUGCUGGGUGUCAGUGAAGGAAGUCGGGCUGCUUUUGGGAGGCCUGGUGGAGCUGCUGCUGUCCCCAGAGCCCGCCGGCCCUGCGCGCCUGCUGCCGCUUGCCACCCUGCAGACGGCGGCCAAGGUCUUCCAGGAAAUCCUGCUGCGGUGCCGGCACUGGGGCGCAGUGGAGGGCUGCAGCGUGGGCUUCACCAAGUUCUGCACCGCCUUGCUGCACCACGGCGACGCGGAGCUGCAGGCCAUCCCGCAGGCCAUGCUGGACCAGGGGCUAGAGAUGCUGAGCGGGCCCCGGAGCAGCUCUGUGACGCGCCGCGCCGCCGGCUUCCCCAUGCUCUUCCUCUGCAUCGCCAGCGGGGAGGACUCGGCCCGGGGCCGCCCGCUGCUGACCCGUUGCAUCCAGAGCCUGCUGGCCUUGGCCAGCACCGCCCUGCCGCAGGACUGGGACCAGACCCUCGACCUCCCGCAGGUGUGCGCCCUGCACGUGCUGCAGACGCUGCUGCGCGGCGCCGGGCUGGGCAGCGCGCUGCUGCCCUACGCGGCGCCCUUGAUGGCCCUGGCGCUGCAGGGCCUGGGCUCCCCGAGCUGGGCCAUGAGGAACGCCGCCAUCCAGCUCUUCAGUGCCCUCACRACCCGGCUGGUGGGGCAGAAGCAGAGCCGCGGGGAGGGCGGCCCCACGGACGGCAUGAGCCUGCCGGCCUUCCUCGCGCAGCACCCGCCACUGGGCGCCCUGCUGCUGCACGAGCUGGGGGCGGCCGGGCAGCCGGCCCCGGGGGGGUCCCCGCUGCACCCCACGCUGCACCCCGUCCUCACGCUCCUGGCCCAGCUCCAGCCCGGCGCCGACGAUGCCGACAGCUCCUGCGCUCCCUUCGUGGCGGUGCUGCUGGGGCUGGCGGGCAGCCCGCUGUACGCCGUGCGCGCCAUGGCCGCCCGGGCGCUGGGCGCCCUGGUGCCGCCGGCGCGGCGCCGCCGCCUGCUGCUGCAGCUGGCCCGGCAGCUCCCGGCGCCCGGCCGCCUGCGCUCGCACAACGCCGCGCACGGGCAGCUGCUCCUCAUGCAGGCCCUGCUGGGCCCCGCCGGCACCGACGGGCGCUUCCUUGCCCGCAGGGCGGCGGAGCUACGCGCCGUGGCGCGGCGCCUCGAGGCGCGGGCCUGGCUGCUGAGCCCCGCGCAGCGCUGCCCGCUCCUGCGCGCCACCUUCCUGCGCGUGCUCGGCCCGCUCGCCGCCUCCUGCAGCCCCGGCUUCGCCGCGCACAUCCGCAGCGCCCUGGCCGCCGAGCUGCGGGGCCGCGAGCCGCACGGGAGCGCCGCCGAGCUCCAGGUGGGCUCCGCCGUCCUGCACCGAACCAUCGCCUGCUUCCUGUGCAGCGAGGCCGCCCGGCUGGCGGAUGAGGAGGGAAUCGGCACCGUCUGCUCGCUCCUCUGGGAGCCCAAUCCCGACGUGCAGUUCGCCAUCCUGGGAUGGGUGCUCAAAGGGGAGGGAGAGAAGUGCGAGACCUUGGAGAAGGCCCUCCGGCUAACGCUGCUGGAGAAUUUACAGUCAGUGCUGCAAGACAGAAGGAACAAAGAGUUCCUGAAAUCAUACCUUGAGGCUUUGGUGCAUCUUUGCAGAAAUACCACAUCUUGGUCCCAGGAUGCUUCCUGUAAGCUCCAGGGUUCCUCGUCAGCUUGUGUGGAAACCCUGCUCCUCAUGAUAGAAACUGAGGACCCUGGCCCAGACCUCCUGUUCCAGGCCCUGUGUGCAGCCAGCCUGCUCCUCACGCUCAGGUGCGGGGAUGAAGGCGCGCCGCUGCUGGGGCGCUGGUGCGCGGUGCUGGAGCAGUGCAGCGCGAGCAGCGGCGCCGAGGCGCUGCGGCUGGCGGCGGCGCGGUCCGCCUGCGCCGCGCUCGGCCCCGCGGCCCUGCGGCUGAUUAAUGUGGGCAUCCACCUUCUGCAAGAUGAGGAGCAGGAAGUUCGGCAUGAGGCCGCCAACUUUGCCAGCCUGGUGUGCCAGCUGCCGGGAGAGCAGGUCCAGGAGGGCAGCAUCUCUGUGCAGGCCAACACAGGGCUCCUGGGCCUCCUGCAGCUCCUCCUGGAGAGGUUCGGGGACCACCCGGAGACCUUUGGCUCAUUGCUGCAGCACCUGCCCCUCCUGGAUGUCAGCARCAUCUUGGAAGAGCUGGAAACCAACAAAGGCAGCAGCCUGUACAAGGACGACGAAGCCAACGUGUUUGCGGAGCCGGCUGUGCUCGCRCAGCUGCUGCUCCCCUUCCUGCUGCAGCUCCUCGAGAAGGUCCCCCGCGGGUCGGYGCUCAGCUGGCUGCAGGCCGCGGGCCCCGGCAUCCUGCGGGACCUGCACUCCUGCAAGCGCCGGUGCAGCCCAGAGGCCGUUGGCCCCUUCUGGAUGAAGGCGCUGGGCAGCGCCAGGCUGCACACGGCCGUGGCCGUGCUGCUGGCCAGGGCCAGGCUGCUGGCGCGGGCGCUGGACGUGGUGCCCGGGGGCGCCGCGGGGCUGGGCUGCAGCGCCCACGAGCUGCGCCAGGAGCUCGCGCAGCUGCAGGGGCUGCUGGCUGCGCACGGGCUGGCCCGGGGCAACGGGCCGAGCGAGACGGGCCCGCUGUGCGGCGCUGCCUGA